CUUAGAUACCUGCAGUCUCUUUUUGAAAUUGACAGGUACCCUUUCCAGGCCCUUGCAAGAGGGAAAUAGAGAGAGAGGGAAAAAAAAAGGAAAACUCGGUGGGUUUGGACUUUUCUGUUUACCCGCCAUCGUCUGUCGCGCUUCUUUCCUGUUAUGGUAGUGACCUUUCCACCGUCAACGAAAACAGGAAGAAAAAUUUCUUUGUUUCCAUUUUAAAAACAAAACCUACAUCAUUACCAUGAAAUUCAGCAUAGUCUUUCUAGCUGUGAAUGGGCGCUGUUCUUGCGUCACCCACCUAAAAGGUUGGUCAACCGGUCAACAUUGGUUGUCAUUCCGGCAGGAUCCUACUUCUGUCUUCGUCUUGCCUACCUGGUAGGUAGUGUCAUUGGCGAACCAAGUGGCUGCAGGGUACCCGAUCAGCCUCGGGACCAUGAGAGCUCCGAGCAAGAUACAUUUACGGAUGGGCUGUGGGUCAAAGGUAGGUAAGGUACACCGGUGUUUUCUCAGUCAGUCAUGACAUGUCAGUCAGUCAGUUAGGCAGGCAAGGAAGGUCCCUCACGAUGUCAGUCUGUCUGAUCUGCCUCGCUCGGCUUGCCAUCCCAAAAAUUUAUCUACCCACAUUACAUAGGUAAGGUAGGCAUAGACGCACACACACACACACAUUCUUUUUGUUCCCCAUUCCCUUUUGAAUCUCUCUUUUCUUCAUCCCGUUUUGAUUUGCAUAUCUGCAACUGCCAGCCCUAAGCCCGGCCAUCUGACGCACAACAUCCCACCCCCUUUCAUCACGCCUCCCUCCUUGUGUCACUUGCACCUUGUACGUAAGGUACCCGGGGUCUCAAAGCACACCAUUAGCCGUUGGUUGUUAGCCCUACGCCGCGUUACCAGGCUACCUUGCCUACCUACGUUAACAAGACUCGCAUAUUGGAACCGGAUACUUUCUCUUCUCAAGUGUCUCUCUUGCUCACUCCACAUUUUGUUUUGGACGAUCCAGACGCAUGCUCGGGUCGAUCCUUCCCAGUAUCGUGCCUUCGGGUAAGGCGCCGCCAGGAACCCCCAAAAGUUUCGCCUUUUAUUGUUUAUUGUGAAUCAAAUCAAUCUUUUGCUUGUAAAUGGCUUGAGAAUACCUACCUACCGUACACCUCCUUUCCCACCCUCGCCCCAAUCAUCCAUAUAACCUUUGCGUCUGCCUGGCAUCUGGGUACCUCCACCCACCUCCCACCUUCAAAAACUUACAUCGGAAUAUAACGCUGUCGGCACCGAAACAAACAAAAACACAAUCACCCCUCGUUGGGGGCCAUCCUUACCAACUUAUUAAGUGACCCAUUCUAAGCCACGCUGGUCUCUACUGCCUCAAAAUCACCAGGCUGAGUGUUAUUUGUCGAUCACAAGCAGUUUGAGGCCAAAACAUUUAUAUCCCCACAGUGGUGCCUACCUACCCUUCUUUUUUUUUUUACCACCCACAUGCACAGACAAAAGAGAUAUAGAGCCAACACAUUUCUGUCCAUUCUUGUCCUCGUAUAAGACUACAUCCCGGCUCAACCCCUAAAACAUUAUAUACUUAGGGUCAGCCCACCUCUCCCACAUCAGAUCUCAUCGACCAGUCAGGAGGAUCACCAGCUCCUCCACCAUCAUCUUAAUCAUCACCAUAAUUCAUAAUCACUACCAGCACCACACCAUUAGAUACCCCUUUUAUUACAGUCAUGGACCUCCCGCCGCCCUUGACUAGAUCUCCAGUCUCUCCGCCAAAUUCAUACUCUCCUUCGGAUAGAUCUUCUUCCAUCGACUACCCGUCGCCUGAACUAGUGGCUCAGCACUACAGCCUCAGUCUUUACGGAUCUUCAUGCUCCAUGGCCUCGUCCGCCCAGGAACCUGACCAUUCCCAUACCCCUCUGGACAGCAUGGGCCAGCAGGAAUGGGCCCAUGCUACCAGCCAGACCAUGCCUAGCAUCGUGUCGGCAACGUAUGACGGGUUUGGGAGUUUUGGUUCAGCCGCUUCUUUUGGACAGCAUGAUGUCUACGCUUCACACCAGCACCAGGACUCCAUCCUUUCCCACAGCUCUCCUCCACCACACUCCCGAUCGCCAGUUGGCUCUCUGAGGAGUCCUUUGGGUUAUACUGCCGGCACCCCGAUGAUGCUUCAGUCCAUGACGCCCAGAAUCAAGGUCGAGGCCGCGCCCCUGGAUUACCGCCACGGAGGGGACAUGACACAGUACCCCUCUCCCGCAAGGUCCCUGAACGCCUACCCAGCAGACGUCGGCGUCUACUCCACGACGGUGCCAAGCUCCGGGUACCUGUCGGACACGCAAUCGUCCGCCUGGAGCAACAAGGACUACAACUCUGCCGAGAACGAAAGCUACUACAGCCCAGGCCAGUCAAGCCUGGGUGGGGCCAGCGACCGACACAAGCAGGGGCGGGCGGUGCGGCCGUUGAAGAAGACAAAGAGGACGACGACUAGCAAGGAAGAUGCCAACUUCUUCUGCGAGAUCAAGGGCUGCGGCAAGAUGUUCAGCAGGAGCUACAACUACAAGGCGCACAUGGAGACUCACGACGAGAAGAGGGAGUAUCCCUUCCCGUGCCAGGCGUCAGGCUGCACCAAGAAGUUUGUGCGAAAGACGGACCUCCAACGACACAACCAGAGCGUGCACAUGAAGGAGCGCAAUCACAAGUGCGACUACUGCGGCAGGUUAUUUGCGAGAAAGGACACGCUUAGAAGACACAUGGAAGACGGCUGUCCCAAGCGCUUCGAUAUUGGCACCCUCGACCUGCGCGCCGAGAGUUAUUCGCAGAGACCUAUCAGCUCCGAUAUGAGCAUGCUCUCGCCGACCCAUAGCACGCUACCUCCUCUGACGAUGCCUUCUAUUGGCACCAGCGUAAUGAUGAUGGCUCCUGCGAGGGGCAGAGACAUACUGCCGAGCAACGACCAAGGUGCAAGAUCACAAGGCUGGGGUCGUUGAAAAGCAUGUAUUUCUAUUACUAUCGCUUCCUUUUCAAGUUUCUUUUUUAAUACGGUUAUAUCUUGGAGUGGAAGCAACACGGCGGUCUAUAUACGAUACGUUUUUUUGCACGAUCCAGAGGUUUUUUUUUAUUACCUUUACUUCUUUUCCUUAUUCAUAUUACUCUUGGCCUACACCGCCCAAAAAAGACAUGUAUACAACUGUACUAUACCAUGGCAGCCACACGAGGAAGGCAUAUGACGUAUUAUUUUCUUUGCUGGAUUUCGUCACUGGGAGGACCGCAUCUAGGGAGGAUCUACGACAAUGAAAGUAUGCACAAAUAAAAAAAAAGACUUCUAUAUCAACAACAGAUUUCUGAUUGCA